AUGGACAGUCAAGAUAGCGAUUUGGCAGCAUGUCUACAAAGUUGAUAGUAGUGGGCUUCGUUGUGCUGGGCGUAUUCCUGCAGGCUGGAUUUUGCCAGGAUAAUAAGACCUCCACGCCGAUGGACUACUGCCAGAGUGUCUUGUGCCCCAUACACAAAAGACACAUUGCCUGCAACAACAAGGGCACCCUCAGCAAGCAGUGUCCUUCGAAUGCCAAGGUGGUGAACCUGUCUGCCCUGCACGAUCUGAUCCUGAAUGAGCAUAAUGCCUAUCGCAACUUGCUUGCCUCGGGAAAAAUCAAGCACUUGCCCCAGCCCGAACGCAUGGCCACACUGCAGUGGCAUGACGAACUGGAGUAUUUGGCCACACUGAACGUCAAGCAGUGCGCCUUGCAGUACGAUCCCUGUCACAAUACCCUGGAAUUCCGCGCCUCUGGCCAGAAUCUGGCCCUGAUCAACAUUACUCAGCUGGCAGAGACCGACGACAAUCACACGGAUGCAAGUCUUUUGAAGUUGACCAAUCACACGGAUCAUCAGAGUCUCCUGGAUCUGACCAAUCACACGGAUGAGAAUCUCAUCAAGCUGGUUAUCGCCACCUGGUGGGAUGAGAGUGCCAAUGUCACGGGAGAGGAUGUGCGCCGCUUUCCCAAGGGCAAGCUGGAAGACUCCGCUGGCCACUUUGCUGUCAUGGCCCGGGAAAACAACACCUUUGUGGGCUGCGCCGCCUUGAGAUUCGACAAGUCCCCGGGACAGCCCCACUUUCUGCUGGCCUGCAACUAUGCCAGCGAUUAUAUCUGCGACUGGCCCCUGUACAAGGAGAAGUCCUUUGGCUGCAAGUCGGGCUUGGACCUCAAGUAUCCCUUCCUUUGCAAGGCGGGCGAGCAGUACCAACAGCCGGGUGCGGCUGUAGAGGAGACCACCGCAAAAAACAGCUUCUGGAUUUAGGAGGGAGGAGUGAGGAGCUAAAAAUAUUAUACACCCCAAACCGAAGGUUUGGAGUGGGUGGUGGGUGGUGCACUCACAGUCUAUUUAACAUGUUGAUUUGUGUCACAGUGCAUGGCGGUCAUAUAUCAUCUCCGCAUUAGGCACAGACACCUUGCGAGUGUCAGUGAUGAUAUUGUUGGAGAUAUUACAGAAAUUAUAAAUUAAAGGCGAGCAUUAAAAAAGGCUUUAAAAUAUA